AUGGGCAAAGACCCCUCCCAAGCAGUCCAGAUACCGGAAGAUUGGGGAUACGGCAACGGAAGCUACUUCGGACGGGUCGAUGUUUUCCACCAGAUCCAUUACCAUUACUAUGACGCGAGAUACCCGCAUGGGCUGAAUGACACCAAUGGCUGGCAUCGCUCCCAUCUAUCGCACUGCAUCCAUCUGCUGCUGCAGAACAUCAUGUGUAAUGCGAACACUGAUGUUUACCCGCACAUAUGGAUUGAUAGUAUUAUUGAUCAUCCGUUUCCCGCCUCCAACAUCGAACACAAGUGCAGAGAUUUCGGUUCUAUACUUGAAUGGCAGCGAAGAAACGCUUUGGAUGAGAAGGAAUUCGUAGAGCUGAGAAGGCCCGAGGGGUAUGAGUACAGGAAGACGAACCAUGCGUUCAAGGAAUUGGUGCACUGGUUCGACAUUCACGAGGAUGACGGAGAUAGCAUGAAGUUGAUGUUGAAAGUUCGGAAUCAUUUCUCAUUGUUCUUGUCACAGUUACAUGCUCUCCCCGUAUGGUAA